GUCUUUAUUGACAUGAGGAAAAGUUGAAAAUGAUCUUGACAACUUGGAUUUUUAUCUGGAAAACGAAAAGAAGGAGACAAAUUGCCUUCCUCCUAGCCGUAAUACUAGUCCUCCUCUAUCUCUCAACGUACUCUGGGAUUUUUGUAAAGGAGCUGAACCAAGAGAAUGAAGAUAUUGUGAUCCUUCCACCAGAGACCAAUACCGAAGAAUACCCCAUUCUGAUAUGGUGGACUCCAUUUACUCCGAAUCAGCGCAUUAUCCGCUCCUGCUCUGCUGGAAACUGUCUCAUAACUCACUCGAGACGAGAGCUUAAUAAUACUCGGACAGAAGCGGUCAUCUUCUAUGGUUCUGAUUUAAAAUGGACAGACCUUCCAUUACCGAGAGAUCCAAGACUCUACUGGGCGCUGCUCCACGAAGAAUCCCCAAAAAACAACUGGGGGUUUGCUACUGAUGACGGUAUAGCAUUAUUUAAUAUCACCUCCACACCAAGUCGUUUGUCAUCGUAUCCAUUGGUAACGCAAUAUCUUGAGGACUUGCAGAAUUUGAUGGCACCGAUGAAAACUAGAAUUGAAGAUAAGAGCAAAGGAGAGCGAGGGCUAGUGAUGUAUUUACAUUCUGAUUGUGAUCCGCCAUCAGAUAGAGACUCUUAUGUUAGCGAACUGAUGAAGUACGUACAAGUUGAUUCAUUUGGUAAGUGUCUUCAUAAUAAGGAUUUACCUGAAGGACAUCUGAGGGAUCCGCUGACAGGUAUGGACUCUGAGGAUUUACUUGAUAUCAUAUCGCAGUACAAGUUCACACUGGCUAUGGAGAAUGCAAUAUGCAAUGAUUACAUUACUGAGAAGUUCUGGAGACCAUUCUACGCCGGAUCUGUCCCAGUAGUUAAAGGAUCUCCGAUGGUUAAGGACUGGGCGCCUAGCGAACACUCCAUUAUAUUAAUAGACGAUUUUAAAUCACCUAAAGAACUAGCGGAAUACCUUUUAUACUUAGAUAAAAACGAUGACGAAUACAUAAAAUAUUUAGAAUACAAGCAUUAUGGUAUCACUAAUCUCCGACUACUUGACACCAUGAAUGAUAGAGAAUGGCGGGUGAAUGAUUAUUCUCCAGGCGCAAUAAACCACAUUGAUGGCUUUGAAUGCUUCGUCUGCAACAAAGCAAUAGAAAAAAGAAAGGCGGCAAAAACCGGGACAAAGCUAGAACCACUCAUCGCUAGUAGGGAUCAUUACGAUUGCGAGUUUCCAAAACCACUUGUUAAAAGACGUAAGAAGCCAUUAACAUGGUGGACGGACAUGCUGUAUAUCUGGAGACAAGUCGCAGUUAGAGAAAAGAAAAAAAUGGCAGCUAUCACUGUAGGAAUUAGAGAAGGAAAAAGCCAAGAUGACAUUGGUAAAUUGUACGAUAGUGUUAAAGUCACUAACUCAUCCGAGUAUAGACUAACUAGUAAAGAUUAUAUUAUUGAUUAAGUAUAAUAUAUUGUUUUUAUUUAAAAUUUAUACAAUUGACAGCUGCAGGUGAACUAACAUAGAUACAAACAUAUGCACAUUCACAUAACUUCAACAAU